GAUGUACGAACUUCCGGUUCUCAAGUCAGGGGCCUCCGCUGCCGCCUCUUACACCUGCUGCGGCCGGGCCUUAGCCCGGUGUUUGGUCUCCUUUUCCGGGUUCUCCCCUGCGCCCAUGGUGCCUUUUGGAGCCAGGGCUGCGGGCCCGGCGGCUCCCGCGUGGUGAGAGGGCGGUCCGGGAACGAUGAAGGUCUCGCAUGGCAGCGGCUGCCUCAGCCGCCUGCUGGCCCUAGCCCUCCUGCCGCUGCUACUGAGAGGGCCCUUGGCCGUGCUGCUGCCCGCGGCCGAGGCCGCGCCGGACCGCGGUCCUCUGGACCAUGGGCCGCGGACCCUGCCGCCCCUGCCGCCGGGUCCCACCGCUGCCCGGUCUCAGGGCCGCGCUCCGGCUGAGGCCGCGGGGCCACCGGGCUUUGAGGGCGGCAAUGGCAGCAGCCCCGGGACAGGGCUUGAGGCGGACGACCUAGGAGGGAAGGCAGGGGAAGAAGGCUCGGUGGGUGGCGGCCUCGCUGUGAGCCCCAACCCCGGCGACAAGCCCAUGACCCAGCGGGCCCUGACAGUGUUGAUGGUGGUGAGCGGCGCGGUGCUGGUGUAUUUCGUCGUCAGGACGGUCAGGAUGAGGAGAAGAAACCGAAAGACUAGGAGAUAUGGCGUUUUGGACACUAACAUAGAAAACAUGGAAUUGACACCUUUAGAACAGGAUGAUGAGGAUGAUGAUAACACAUUGUUUGAUGCUAAUCAUCCUCGGAGAUAAGAAUGUGCCUUUUGAUGAGAGGACUUCAUCUUUCUACAAUGAGGAGCAGAAUUUCUACAUUUAAGGAAUAAGAAGCCACAUUAUCAAUGGGGGGGUAUUUAAGCUACAUAUAUUAUGGCAACCUUUAAUUUGUUGUUGCAAUAAAUAUUGUAUCAUUUUGUUAUGUCUUUGUAUGUAUAGAAGUGCUUUUAAUGGGCUCAGAGUUGUUGGGAAUAAACCACUAUAGUAGAAAUCUGUUUGAAAUUACUUUAAAGUAGGGUGUUUUCUGAUCAGUUUAUUUCUUGUUUAUCAUAUUUAUUGUUUGUUAACUUAUAUACCAGUUAGUUAAUGGGGUUUUAUUUUUUGUUCUUUUGUUUUUUGCUGAUUAAUUUUUCCCCCACUGGAAUUACAAAUCCCAACAACCAACUGAUGUGUAAACAAAAUUUUAAUAUUUCUUUACCAAAAUGUAUUUCCCAUUUCUGUGGGGAAAAGAAGCCAAAUUUAUUACUUUGAGUUCGAGUUUUUUUAAUAUUAAUAAAUAUCUGAGUUGUAUGCAAAAUAAAUAUUUCAAAAUUCUUUUUAAGAUGGUACAGAAUGUGUUUAUGAAACCAAAUGAAAGACUACAUAAUUAUAUUUUAAUGUGUAUUUUACAUGAUUUCUAGAAAAAUGUGUCAAAAAAUUUAUUAUUGUAUUUUAGCAACAUCUUUGUUAACUACUUUGAUUAGAUAUUUCAGAAACUAGUAAGUCUCAAAGCCAUUUUAUUUAUAGUAUGUGAGAGAUAGAAGUACUGGCAAAAAUGUUCUGGUCUUAUUAUGCUGUAGGUAAGUAAGGAAUUAAAGUAGGUGCAUAGAUUUUGGAGUUAGGCCUGUAUGCAGAGAAUGACUUCAUUAUCUCUGAAAAAAUUAUUUAACUCUAUUGAGCUUCAGUUUUUACAUUCUAAAAAUUAGAGAACAUAGGAAAAGCAUAGGUCACAAACUCAGUUGCUUACAAGGGCCAGGGAGGUAAUUUAAUUGCCUAUACGUGAGUCAGGAUAGGCUAGGUUAUGUCAUACUAACAGACAGUCCCCAAAUCACACAGAUUACAACAGAUUUAUUUCAGUCAUGCUGCCCAUUUGUUAUGGACUGUGAUUCUGCUUUUCAUUGUUUUUUCUUCAGGGCCAAGAGUGAUGGGGAAACCUCUGUCUGCAAUAUUGCCUUGUAGCUAAAUGUCCAGAUGUCAUGAACUGCAUGCUAAUUCAUAAGCUUCUGCCCUAAAGUGAUAUAUUUCAUUUCCAUCUACAUAUUAACAAACCCUAAGCCACUCCAAAGUUCAAUAACACAAUCUAGUGAUGAGGUAAGUUGGAAUAUUUGGCCACCCCAAAUGCCAGCAUAGUUUUACCUGUAUGCUGAUUAACUUACCACAAUGAGUCAAGUCCCCCUGAUGUCAGUGUAUCUGCGAGUAUUGUGUAAACAGGAACUAAAGUGAAAAUACAUUUCCUCUUCUAACAUGAUCACUUUGGUUCAGUUCCCACUAAUAGUUACUAUGAGGAAAUAUCUGCCAGUGUUUCUAAAUCUUUUAGUUUUAAUUUCCAGUAGAAGCCAAGACUCCAGAUUUCUUAUGUGAAGUUUCCUCAUUUUAAAAUGUUACUAAACCAGAACACAUUUUUGCAUUAAAUUUAGCCACAUACCUACCAUUUUGUGACAUUUGAAAAUCAUAUACUACAGUAUCAGUAAUUCACGUAACUGCUAUUAUUUAUAAACUGAAUGUUACAUUAAAACUAGAGGUAAGAAUCAAAUCUUUUUCUUUAGGCAGUAAAAUUCUAAUUUUUAAAUAACCUGAAGUAAUGAUAAGUUUCAUUAAUGGUCUCCUGGUUGGUUUUAAAGGAGAUGGUACCAAAAUGUUUUGAGCAGUGGCAACAGCUUUAUUAGAAAUAUACAGUUUCUCUUGAUGACUACUUUAAAAAGAGUAUCUUUCAACUGAAUGUGGAAAUUGUUAUGUUUGUUAAAAAUACUCUUAUAUCAUUA